AUGGUGACGUUACGUUCAAAAUUUCAAGAGUCUAUGGAAUUAACAGAUGAAGAAGAUGUUGGUGUUUGUGUCGUCUGCCAACAACAGUCGCAACGCGUGACGAUGAGCUGUGCAAUCUGUUUAAAACGUUUUCACUUGGGUUGUCUUACGCCUCCACUACGUCGUCGGCCACAAUUGGCAGACGUUUGGAAGUGCAUUGACUGCAAUGAAGAAGAAGUAGAAGAGGGUGAUAAUACUUUGGGUAAUAAAGAGAGAAAGAGGAGAGAGAUUGUAGAGGAGAAACAAGUACAGGUGAUGUCCAAGAGACGUCGAGUGGCAACAAAGUCGGAGCAGCAGGAGGAGAAGGAUGAAACUGUUAUUUUGAGGCCUUUGAAGCAUCAGAAUGGAAAGACUGAAAUGAAGAAAAAGAUCAAGCUAUCAGUGAAUGGUCGAACAACUCGUCGUGCUUCGUAUCGGAAGCCAGUGGUUCAAUUUAGUGACGACGAGGACGAAGACGAUAGUGAUGGUGACAGUGAUUUUGUUGGUGAGAGCACGUCCGAGGAAGAAGAGGACGACGAAGGUGAUAGGGUCAAUGUUGAAAAACAAAAGCUGCUGCCUAGAAAACGUUUAGUGAUGAAGAAAUCUUCUGUGAAGCAAAAGAGCGAAGUGACUCGCCGAGCGAAACAACCGACGGCUAUUUCUCCUCACAUUAAUGCAAGCAACAAUGCUCAUGUUAGUGACGCUGACUCGUUGGAUAUUGAGGUAAUUGGUGAGAGCGCAAGUUCGGAGGAUGAAGAUGUUUAUGACGGUCCCCACUACUUUAUUGAGUACGCGGCCAAUUCAAGAGCAAAGUGCAAAAGUUGCGAGCAAAAGCUUCUUGUUGAGAAGAUUCGAGUUGGCAUACACAUACGCCACUCGAUUUUCGGUCGCACCACAUACUACAAACAUCUAGAAUGUACCGCGAUUGGUCUGAUAGCGGGAAUGGCUACUAAGCAAGUGGAAGAGGAGCCGGAGACCGAUGAUGCCGACAAGAAAUUUGCAAAGAAGAAGAAAAAGAAUGACGAUCCAAUUGAUGGUCUGUCAACACUUCAAUCUGCCGACCAGAAACGUGUGCGUGAGUACAUGGAGCAAAAUGAUCUCAACGGUGUGAUUGAUGAACGCGUCCCACUCGCAGACGACCACUUCAACAAGAAAGGUCGGAUGCCAGAGAAACAACCGUCAAAAUUCUUGACUGCUACCCUUCUUCCGUAUCAGCAAGAAGCACUGGCUUGGAUGGUUGGGCAGGAGAGUAGUGAUUACAAAGGCGGCAUUCUUGCAGAUGAAAUGGGGAUGGGGAAGACGAUUCAGGCAAUAUCACUCAUACUUGAAAAUCCGCGAGAGGAAGAUUCGUCGUCAAAAGGCAAAGCUGCUAACGUUCGGAAACCGGCGAUCGUACGUGGUGGCACGCUUGUUGUCUGCCCUCUUGUUGCUGUCAUGCAGUGGAAGAGCGAGAUCGAAAGAUUUGUGGAACCCGGUCAUUUCUCUGUGUACAUUCAUCACGGUCCCAAGCGUUUAAAUGUGGUGGAGAAAAUUGCUUCGUACGAUAUUGUGCUGACGACUUACUCUAUCAUCGAGAAUGAGAUCCGUAAAACAAUUGGUUGGUCGAAGGUUGCGUGCAAGUAUUGUGGGAAAAAGUAUUUGCCGGACAAAUUGGUGUCACACAACAAGUAUUUCUGUGGACCAGAUGCAAAGAAGACUACUCUACAAAAUAAGCAGCAGAAGAAAAAAACUAAGAAGAAAGCUGCUGGUGAAACCAGUGACGAAGAAGAUGACGACGACAAUUUGAAAAAGUCAAUUCGAAAGCCGAAAAGUCGAGUGAAUCAGCGUCCAAAGAAGAAGGAGGAGGACAAGAAAAGCACGCCUCAGAAGACAAAAGGCAAGUCACCUCUUCAUCACAUUGAAUGGACACGAAUUGUUCUCGACGAGGCCCAUUACAUUAAAGAUCGCAAUUGCAAUACUGCACGAGGUGUGUUCGCACUGAAGUCCAGUUAUAAGUGGUGCUUAUCAGGUACGCCUUUACAAAAUCGCAUUGGCGAGUUGUUCUCUCUCGUUCGGUUUCUUCGUGUAAAGAAAUACGCAUACUAUCACUGCAAUAUGUGUGAAUGCCAGAUGCUGGACUACAACUUCCCGGAUAGAAAAUGUGUGCAAUGUCCACACAGCGCCAUUCAGCACUACUCGUACUUUAACAAAAAAGUCGUUAUCCCGAUUCAGGCGUACGGCUACGUUGCUGAGGGCAAACUUGCACUGCAAAGACUGCAAAAUGAUGUUUUACAACACAUUCUACUACGACGGACGAAAGAAGGUCGUGCAGACGAUAUUUCGCUUCCGCCUAAGCUCGUGCGUAUUCGAAAGGAUCGCUUGGACGACCGUGAGAAAGACUUUUAUGAGGCAAUUUACACACAGAGUCAAGCGCAGUUCAACACCUAUGUGUCGGCAGGAACGUUGCUGAACAACUAUGCCCACAUCUUUGACCUGCUUAUACGUCUUCGUCAGGCGGUUGACCACCCCUAUCUCGUCAUUUACUCCAAGUCGAACCCAGCUCUUCAACUCCCAAGCUCCGCUGCACCAUUAAUGGAAGAGCAGCCUUUUGGUACUAGUGAAAGCUGCAGCUCCGAGGACGACGAGAGGUUGUGUGCAAUUUGUCACGAGGACGUGGAAGAUGGCGUCAUUGCAAAAUGUGGGCACGAGUUCUGCCGGGAGUGUGUGAAGGAGUAUAUUGAGUCGCUUCCAUGUGGCGGAGAAGCGACUUGUCCAACAUGUUCAAAGCCGCUAACUGUCGACCUUUCGUUGGUAGCUGAGACGGAGAUUAUUGAAGCAUGCCAAGAGAUUACGACUCGCCCAAGUAGCCGAUCACCAAAAACUGUGAACCUAUCGAGCUUUCAUCGAAACAGUAUUCUCCACCGAAUGUCCGACAUUCAUUCUUUCCAGUCUAGCACAAAGAUCGAAGCGCUAAUGCAGGAGUUGGAGCUCAUGCGUAUCCGUGAUCCGUCCGGAAAGGCCAUUAUCUUUUCUCAGUUUGUGAAUAUGCUUGAUAUUAUCCACCAUCGACUGCAGCUCGGUGGGGUCAAGUGUGUGAAACUAUCCGGCACCAUGAGUAUGAGCGUACGAGAUCGAACCAUUACAGCCUUUCGUGACGACCCAACAGUGACGGCAUUUUUGAUUAGUCUCAAGGCUGGUGGUGUUGCACUCAACUUGACUGUCGCGUCACACAUUUUCUUGAUGGAUCCGUGGUGGAAUCCUGCAGCUGAAAAUCAGGCCAUUGAUCGUACGCAUCGGUUGGGCCAAUUCAAACCGAUUCAAGCCACUCGCUUUAUCAUUGCUGGCACCGUGGAGGAACGCAUUUUAAAACUUCAAGAAAAGAAGCGCCUGAUCUUUGAAGGGACCGUUGGUGCAAAUGUAAGCGCGAUAUGUCGCCUUACGGAAGAAGACCUUCGAUUUCUCUUUGCAUCGUGA